AUGGAAUUCACCAUUACAAAGGGCAAAAACAGGUGCUUCGCCAAAUAUGACGCACCAAAUGCAAUUGUGAAAGCAGGGUCUCAGUGGAAGUUUGCUGGACAGUACUUCGUCAGAAGUAUCGUCCACAAUUUUCUUACGUUGGACCAGACUCUGCACCAGUGUCAGAAAGCACACAGCCCUCCUGCUAAGGAUGAUUUCUGCAGCCCAGCUACAGAGGCUGAGCCAGAAGAACCCAGAGAGUCUCAAGAUUCCCCAGACGGCCCGCAAGGGCCCCACCACGGCGCAGCAGAACCAAGGACCACACGCCCUACAGCCCUCAAGAAGAGGCCACCCACACCGCCAGUAGGGGCGGUCAACUGGGGUGCUCAGGGGCGGCGCAGGCAGCCCGACAGCAGGGGACCCCCCCCAGGCGUAGAACGGAAGAGUCCCACCCUACUACACCCGAUGGAUGUGACCCCAGCUAGCAGCCAAGAAUGGGACAGCCCUAGAUCCACCAGCAAACGGAGAUCCGGUCCGGCCAGGCAGGCCCUAAGGCCCCGAAGCUCUCAGACCCUGCAGCCCAAAGGCCCAGUAGCUCUCAGGCCCUGCAGCCCAAAGGCCCCGCCGCUCUCAGACCUCACCUCCCUCAGGCCCCGGCACCCUCAGGCCACCAGCUGCCCCGGCACCCUCAGGCCCCCAACUCUCAGGCCCUGCAGCCCUCAGACCCAGCCGCUCUCAGACCCCACCUCCCUCAGGCCCCGGCACCCUCAGGUCCCCAGCAAUCAGGCCCUGCAGCCCUCAGGCCCUGCUGUCCUCCGGCCCCGCCACUCUCAGACCCCACCUCCAUCAGGUCCCAGCAGCCCUAAGGCCCCGCAGCUCUCAGGCCCUGCAGCCCUCAAGCCCAGAUGCUCUCAGACCCCACCACCCUCAGGCCCCGGCACACUCAGGACCCCAGCUCUCAAGCACUGCAGGCCUCAGGCCCCACCGCUCUCAGACCCCACCUCCCUCAGGCCCCAGCACCCUCAGGCCCACAGCUCUCAGGCCCAGCAGCCCUAA